AGAAAAAGGCCAAGAAAAAGAAAAAAAGCCCACGAGUGCCCACUACGGCUGAUUACGUGAGAAUCGGGCAAUCGGCAGCAGCAGGGCAUCCGGCCGGUACGUGAUCGAUCUGUUCCCUGCCGUCACCAGUUCUCUUCCUCUGUUCUUCUUCAUCUCCAGACGACGGACGACCAGACCAGACACUGCAGCUUGGGAGACGAGCGAUUGAUCGAGUCGCCGGAGGCCGGAGCCGGACGCACGUACAGAUGAAGAGGAAGAAUCAAGGGUUUGGAAAGACGCCAUCAAUAUCAUGUUGGUACAAACCAGUACCAGUUGCUUCAAAUUCAAGCUCUAGUAUUCCUGCUGUUCAGAAUAUUGUAGUAUCAUCUGAAGAGGAAAACGCAAACCCAUCUGAGGAAGAGCAUCCAUCUGUAGAUGAUAACUCAACUGAUAAUCCAAUUGAUAUGCAAACUGAUGAUCAGAAUAUUGUAGCAUCAGUGGAAGUUUCAGAACAGGCUAGAGUAGGAAGUACAACAUAUGAACGGGAUCCGGGUAAACGCCAACAAAUUUGGGAACUCCCUCUGGAUAAGCAAGAAGAAGCUCGUCGAUUUUAUAUUUCAGAGGGCCCCUUUCAGCCAUACAUGGCCAAUUAUCCGCAUAAUGAACAUCGUCGUCGAGUCCAAUAUAGCUAUUUCACUAAUUUUUCUUGGCUAGAGUAUUCACUUGUUAAACAUCAUGCAUAUUGCCUGCCUUGUUUCCUCUUCACAAGAAAGCCAAAUGGUAGAUGUGGCUCGGAUACAUUCACAAUCGAUGGAUUUUUGAACUGGAAGAAGGUGAAUGCUGGAAAAAAUUGUGCUUUCUUAACUCACAUGGGCAAAGAUUCAAACUCUGCUCAUAACUUUUCGGUUCGAUCGUUUCAUAGUCUGAAAAAUAGUAUGACUCAUAUCGACAAGGCGAUUGUACAAGCAUCUGCAAAAAUGAUUGGAAAUGCAAGGCAAAGGCUUAAAGUUACAAUUGAUUCCAUCAGGUGGUUAACAUUCCAAGCUUGUGCUUUUAGAGGCCAUGAUGAAUCUCCAGGAUCCAUAAAUCAGGGUAAUUUUCUUGAACUGAUAAAGUUAUUGGCUUUGUAUAACAAGGAGGUGAAUGAGGUUGUCCUACAAAAUGCUCCACGCAAUGCUAAGUACACAUCUGGAGAGGUACAACAAGAAAUUCUUCAGUUACUAUCUCGUAGAGUGCAGAAAAAUAUUAUAGAAGAAAUUGGUACUAGCAAGUUCUGUAUAAUGGUGGACGAAGCUCGAAAUGAAUCCAAAAAAGAGCAGAUGGCAUUGGUCAUUCGAUUUGUUAACAAGGAAGGGUUUAUAAAGGAGCGGUUCCUUGAUGUUAUUCAUGUAAAAGACAUAGUUGCAUCGACUCUGAAGGAUGCAAUUUGUGCUGUCCUUGUUGAUAAUAAUCUGAAUGUGCAAGAUAUCAGAGGACAAGGAUACGACGGGGCAAGCAACAUGAGAGGGGAAUGGAAUGGACUGAAGGCUCUUAUUCUGAACGAGUGCCCUUAUGCAUAUUAUGUCCAUUGCAUGGCUCAUCAGUUACAGUUGGCUCUUGUUGCAGCAUCAAGAGAAGUGCCUGAUGUGCACAAUUUUUUUCAGCAUGCAAAUUUCAUCAUAAAUGUGGUUAGUGCGUCGUCUAAACACAAUGAUGAGUUACUUGCAAAACAAGCUAUUGAGAUUGCACGUGAAAUUGAAUUGGGAGAGCUCGAUAGAGGCAAAGGGGCAAAUCAAAUAGGCUCUUUAUAGAGACCAGGGGACACUAGAUGGAGCUCUCACUUCAAGUCAAUUCACAGCUUGCGAAAGAUGUUUGGUGCUACAAUUGCAGUCCUAAGGAGUAUAGCAACGGAUCGUUCCGUCUCACAAUAUUCUAGAGGAGAUGUUGCAGGAGCCCUAAAGAUAGUCAUCUCUUUUGAUUUUGUUUUUAUUCUGCACCUCAUGGAGAAAAUUAUGAAGAUAACAGAUGUCUUGUGUCAAAUACUCCAAAAGAAAUCUGUUGACAUAUUGAAUGCAUUAAAUUCUGUCUCAAACACCAAGGCGCUUAUUGGUAAGCUAAGGGAAGAUGGUUGGGAACCUCUUAUGGAGGAGGUUAAAUCUUUUUCUCUGAAGCAUGAGAUUGAUAUCCCAGAUUUGAACAACAAGUAUGUUGAUGUGACUAAGUCUCGGAACAACACUUCACCACUAUAAAGUAGAUGUGUUCAACGUUGCCAUAGAUCAACAAGUGGUGGAGCUCAAUAAUCGAUUUGGUGUUCAAAGUACAGAGCUUCUGACACUGUGUGCAUACAUAUCAAAUAUAUGUUCUUUGGUGGAAAAGUUUUAUCCGGCUGAUUUUUCUACCCAAGAACGAGCUCAACUGGAGUCUCAGCUGCCACAUUUCCAAUUGGAUGUCUGCAACCAUCCGGAACUAAAAUGCGUGCCUUCACUUGCUGAUUUGACAGUUGGUCUAGCUAAAACAGGUAAA